UUCUUCUAAAACCCUAAACCCCAAACACCGUCGUCUCUCUCUAUGUGUCUCAGGGUUUACAAGAAGCUUAAAUAAAACUAUAAAGAAGAGAGAAAAGCAUUGCUCAGAACUAGGUUUAGCGAUGGCUACAUCACUGGUUGCUCAGCUGCAGAGGUUAGCAGUGCCUGAUACUGAGCCCCGAAAACGACCAUUCAUUCGCCCCUCAAUCUUGUUUGACCCUAAAGAAGCCGCUGAUAUUGAGCUCGACACCCUUCUCAACAUUGCUCUUUCAGGUUUGGAGGUGUUAACAAGUAAAGAAGAAAGAUUUAAUAAGUACAAAAAUGACUUGUUCAGUUAUGGGAGUAGGGAAUUGGAUAGAGAUUUAAUGGGCAUUGAGGAAAACAAGCGAAUCAAUGCAUCGAUCUAUUCCUACUUGCAGUUGUUAUCUGGAUAUUUUGAGUUAACAGCAGCCCUGAAGACAUUAGAGUACUUGAUUCGUAGAUACAAAAUCCACAUAUAUAAUAUCGAGGAGUUAAUUUUAUGUGCCUUGCCUUACCAUGACACCCAUGUAUUCGUUCGAGUUGUGCAACUAAUAGACACUGGGAAUAGCAAAUGGAAAUUUCUUGAAGGGGUUAAGGCUUCCGGUGCACCACUCCCCAGGAAUAUUAUUGUGCAACAAAGCAUACGUGACUUGGGGAUCUUAGAGGUUUUGUGCAACUAUGUGACAACUUCAAAGAAGGUUCAGCCAUCAAGGCCUGUCACUGGUUUUUGUACAGCUGUAAUAUUUGAGGUCUUAGGAUCACUCAAUACUAUAGACAGUGAGGCAGUGAGGAGAGUCCUGCCUUUUGUGGAAUUUGGACUUCAACCAGGUUCCAGAGGAGGAACCGAUCUAAAGGCUGGUGCUCUGAUGAUCGUAAGCUUACUAGCUGAUAAGGUAGCUCUGUCCCCUAAGGUUGUCAAAAGCUUGAUCCGUUCCCUUGCUGAAGUAGCUCGAGCAGAUGCAAAAGAUUCUACUGACUUGCAGUGGUGCCGUUUGUCUUUAAUGACCCUAAUCACUCUUGUCCAGUUGCAAUCUGUUGAAAUUAUCCCCAAGAAGAUCAUUGAUAUCCUUAAGGACAUCAGGGAUAUUUCGGGACUUCUAAGUGAAUUGGUAGAGGAGUUCAACACAGAGAAAUUUCUGGCCUUGUUUUUGGACUCUCUUGUUGAGUACAGUUGUUACGAUGAUCUCUGCAAUGGGACUCUACUGUCUAUAGUAGAGAUGGUUCCCUUAAAAGACUUUGUAGCUCGUGUAAUCUCAAAGCUGCUUAACACAUCCUUGAGGAUAUCGAAGGACAAUGAUUCAGCAGCUGCAGAUGCAGGGAGCCGGUGCAAUCUGAUAUUGGUUACUCUCCUUAAGAAAUAUCUAUUUGAGUCACGUGAAGCUGUCAACAGAUAUAUUGAGGAUAUUAAACUGCGGUCCAAAAAUGACUAUGAAAUAGUUAUCAGGAUGUUGAACUGUAAUUUGGAUCUUUCACAUGAAAUAUCUAAUUCAAAACUUUGGUUUGCCAUGGAACAUCCAAAGGCAGAGGUUCGACGAUCUGCUCUUCUGGGUCUGGAUGUGCGUGGUACGUUGAAUGUUGAAGCAGCUGAUUUUCAGAAGUUUGGCACCAUUCAAGAUGCUAUACUACGCCGGCUCUGUGAUGAAGAUUUGACUGUUGUUCAGGCAGCUUUAAACCUAGAGGAAUUGCCCGAAAUAAUAAGUGCUCCACUUCGUAUUGAUGCAUUCAGGAAUGUGCUCCAAAGAUGCAUUAAGAUAUUGUCAUCAGGUGCAUCUCGUAGUGCCUCUCUGGCAGUUGACAUCGCUUUGUCUUGCCUCCAGCAUGUUGCGGCGGGUUUUCCAGAUGAGGGUGAAUACGUGAAGAUGGUGGCGACAUUAGUUUUUCCCUUUAUUAUAAUAAUUCCAAAGACCCAAAGAUUAAAUUUGAAAGCUCUUGAAAUGGCCAAGCAAAUGAAGUGGCCUUUCUAUGAGAAUCUGGUCAGUGUUUCUCUACUGGAUAAGAAAUUAGAUUCUGGGAAAAUAUCCUCAAUCAACGCGGGGAACAUUAAUGCGCUAGCAAAAACAUUGUCAGUACAUCCCGAUGAAUAUUUGCCUUGGCUGGUAGAAUGCUGCAAAACCUCGGAACUGUCAAAAAUUUUGUUCUUGUUGGUGUUGUUGCAAUCUUUCACACUGCUGGAAACAGGAGAUGGUGGAUUUUCAUCAUUCUUUGGCAUUUGCUUUCCGAUCCUCCGAAUGGAGUGGGAAUUGCUGGAGUCUGCAGGGAAUAUUUCAGAAGAGUUCAACCCAGGAUUAUGGGAGGGUGACAUUGUUGGACUCAUUGAACAUAUGGUUGCUGCCAACCCGAAAGCUCUCAAUGGUGAUAUUCUGACUUGCUUGUUUUGGAGGCUGCUUGGGUCAUUUAGUAAAAUAGCAGCUGAAGCAGAACCUUUGGAUGAGAAUGAGAACUGGUUAUGCUGCUUUCGGGAUCUGUUUGUCUUUAUUGUAUCCCAUACGAACCAUGUCUUCAAGAAACAUCUCUGUAAUGUUGUUGCAAAAUGCAAGAUCCAGACAUCACACUUCCUCUCAGAGUUCUUUACUGAUGAAGGUGUUUCUGCUGCUCUCCUUAUUGGAAGUCUGCAUGUUUUCACAUCUCUUAGCGCUCGUCCGGACGAGAGUCUCACUUUUCAACUAUUUGCUGAAUUCCCCUCGAUCCUUGUUCCGCUAUCAAGUGAUAACCAGGAUGUGCGCAUAGCAGCAAUGAACACCAUUGAAGGACUUCUAUCCUUGUGGUCACGCGUUAAUUUAUCCAGAUCUAAAAAUGGUCUUCAUGCUGUCUGGGUUAAUUUUCUGGGAGAACUAUUGGGCUUAAUGGUUCAGCAGAAGAGAUUGCUAAUAUCAGACAAAAAUGUCCUCUCAUCAUUGUUUUCUUCAUUGCUUGGCAACUCCAAUGAUUCUCUCUUAGUGCAACACAAUAUUGGAAAGAGAUUUGAUCAGACAACCAAAGAUGAAAUCCUGGCUUUCUUGAUAGGUUCCGCCCUUAGAUUUUCUGCGUACGCAAAGCUGAAGAUUUUGUCGUUGCUCAAAGGCGUUGGAGAUAGGGUACUACGUGUUAAUGGUGUUGAAUCAUUAAUGCUUGAUCUUCUUGAUAGACGCCAGAAAUGUCAUAUUGGGUUUGACAAGUCAUGCCAUAAGUUGUCACAAGUUGAAGUCGACAUUCUCUGUCUUCUACUGGAGAUGUGUAUAAAGCCUUCUACUACAACUGUCGGUGACCUUGACAUCUUGGGCCCUAUAUUGAAAGCCUUACAGGUCAGCAAUGUGUCAUCCGGAGACCCUGCUGUUCUGAAGCCUUGUAUGACUAUACUGGGGGAUCUUAGCAAUUCCUUCUAUGCAAGUCUGGAGACUGAGACUCAGGAUCUUGUCUUUCGGCAUCUUGUGUUCUUGUUUCGCAGUACCAAUGGGGAUAUACAAAAAGCUACAAGAGAAGCCCUGCUUCGCAUUAAUAUCACUUGCUCGAUACUUAGUCGGAUACUUGAGUUCAUUUGUGAGCAGAAAGUUUGGUCAAUUGGGUCAAGGCAUGAAAAGAAAAGAAAGAAGGGAAUUACCUGCAAUAACCGUGAUGUUUGCCUUGAUAUUAUUCCGGGAGGUGGAAAUGUUGUUGCUUUUGUUGGUUCUCUGCUUGAUGUGUUACUGUUGAAGAAAGACAUGGAGAACAGAGCUUCUCUCAUUUGUCCCUUGUUCAAGCUUCUUCACAAUGCCUUCAUUGAUAAUGAGUGGAUUCAUGUGGCUGCCAACCAGGACGAUUUACAUUAUCAUGCUUCAUCUGAAAACUCUCAGAGGAUUUCUGAUGCUGCAGUUCACAUCCAACAAGUGUUGCUCCUUAUCUUGGAAGACAUUACUGCUAGUGUCACAUCUGAGGAUGAAAAUUCUAUGAACUUCGAUGUGGAGCUCCUCAUUAAGUGUGCCCGUUCUGCAAGCAAUAUGGUCACACGCAAUCAAAUUUUCUCAUUGUUAUCUGCUAUUUCCAGAGCAAAGCCAGACAAAGUUUUAGACCAUAUCUUGGAAAUUCUUGUUGUCAUUGGGGAAUCUGCUGUCACUCAGUGGGACAGCAAUUUUCAACAUAUAUUUGAGGACCUCAUAUCUGCGGUUGUACCGUGCUGGUUGUCUAAAACUGACAGUGCCGACGCAUUGCUUCAGAUCUUUGUAAAUAUUCUGCCUGAGGUCUCUGAACACCGGAGGAUUUCAAUGAUUGUGCACGUUUUGAGGCAUCUGGGUGAAAGUGUUAGUUUAGGAUCAUUGCUCUACCUCCUAUUUUGUUCGCUAGUUGCGAGAAACUGCUCCUCCCUGUGUGACAGAAGUGAUCCAUCUUUCAGUUACUCAAUUUCCCUCAUAAAUACACAGUGGGAAUAUUUAUUUGCUGUGGAUUUAUUGGAAAAAUAUUCGUGCACAGUAUGGCUUCCCUCAAUUUUGAUGCUUCUUCAGCGAAUAGUAGUUAGUGACAGUGAUGCAACACUCUUCAUGGAGCUGCUAGUUGCAAUGUAUUUCAUUUCAAACAAGCUCCAAAAUCCUGAAAUUGCUUUUAAGCUUGAUUCGGGGGAAGAUUCAGACAACAUUCAGUUGACAGUUGGGGCUAUCUUGAAGGAAAUUGUUUGUCAUCUUCAACUUGUUGACGCCAAAAGAAAGCAGAUUGGUGUUCUUUCUGCUUUCCGGAAGGAGCUAAAGGAAUAUAUGAAUACUGCUUUGAGUGUUAUUACAAAACGACUUACACCCUCCGUAUACUUCAAAGUAAUUGUUCAAUUGCUGGGUCAUGUGGAUAAAUCUGUGAGAAGGAAGGCUCUUGGAACCUUGUCUGAGACAGUGAAGGAUACUGGGUUUGUUGGCUUAAAGCAUGAAAAAAGGGGUCCAGCUUUUAGUUCAAGGAGUUCAUGGUUUCAUCUGGACGAGAAUUCUUUGCAAUCGCUGGACACUGUGUGUCUUGAGAUAUUAAAAUUAGUUAACCCACAGAGUGAAUCAAGUAGUUCUUUGAAACUGGCAGCAGUGUCAACAUUGGAAGUUUUAGCAAAUAGGUUUCCUUCAGAUAAUUCAGUAUUUAGCGUGUGCUUAGAUUCUGUUAGUAAAAGUAUCUGUGCGGACAAUUCUGCCCUUUCUUCCAGUUGCCUUCGUACAGCUGGUGCCUUGAUUAAUGUGCUAGGGCCAAAGGCGCUCCCUCAGCUGCCUUUUGUCAUGGAAGGCAUGAUUAGGCAAUCUCGCAAUGCUUUGUCAACUGGAACAGCAGAAACCAAGCAAACUGAUGGUGAUGCUUCCAUUGUUUCAUCAGUUCAGAAUGAUUCCGUCUUUAUGUCUAUUUUGCUCGCCCUAGAGGCAGUUGCAAACAAGCUUGGUGGCUUUUUAAAUCCAUAUCUUGGUGAUAUAUUGGAACUAAUGUUAUUGAAGCCUCAGUACACUUCCACGUCAGAACUAAAACUGAAGCUGAAAGCUGAUUCUGUACGAAAGCUAAUCACUGAAAGAGUCCCUGUUCGUCUUUUACUUUCUCCAUUGCUGAGGGCAUAUUCUGAUGCAAUUCUGUUUGGGGAUUCUAGUGUAUCGAUUGCUUUUGAAAUGAUACAAAACCUUGUGGCUGCUAUGGAUAGAUCAUCGGUUGGUGCCUAUCAUGUAAGGAUUUUUGAUUUAUGCUUACAAGCUCUUGAUCUGCGACGUCAGCACCCUGCUGCUGUUAGAAAUAUUGAUGCUGUUGAGAAGAAUGUCAUCAAUACGGUGGUGGCGCUUACCAUGAAACUUACAGAAAAAAUGUUCAAGCCUCUUUUCACGAGGAGUAUUGAAUGGUCAGAGUCUAUUGUUGAAGAAAAUGAAAAUGCAGGGACCAAAAGUAUUGAUCGCUCUAUUGCCUUCUAUGGCUUGGUUAACAGUCUAGCUGAAAGCCAUAGAUCGUUGUUUGUACCAAACUUCAAGCACUUGCUUGAUGGCUGUGUGAGACAUCUCAUGGAUGCUGAAGAUGCAGAAUCGGCUCUAAACCACAAGAAGAAAAAGGUCAAGCUUCAGGAAAGCAGCAGCAGGAAGAAGGAUACCGAUGGUGGGUUGUCCAUCGGUUUGUGGCAUCUGAGAGCUUUGAUUUUGUCCUCCCUGCAUAAAUCUUUCCUGUAUGACACUGGGACCCUGAAGUUUCUAGACUCAGCAAAUUUUCAGGUUCUUUUAAAACCAAUAGUGUCACAGCUUGUAACAGACCCACCAGCCACCCUGGUGCAAUACCCCAACGUGCCAUCAGUGGGAGAAGUUGAUGAUAUAUUAGUUGCAUGUGUUGGUCAGAUGGCUGUAACUGCUGGUUCUGAUCUCCUCUGGAAGCCGCUAAACCACGAGGUGCUGAUGCAAACUCGCAGCGAGAAGUUGCGCUCCCGAAUUUUGGGGUUGAGAAUUGUCAAGUAUCUUGUGGAGAAUCUGAAAGAAGAAUAUCUGGUCUUGUUGGCCGAGACCAUUCCCUUCCUGGGGGAACUGCUUGAAGAUGUUGAGCUUCCUGUCAAGUCUCUUGCACAAGAAAUUCUGAAGGAGAUGGAAUCGAUGAGUGGUGAAAGCUUACGGCAAUAUCUCUGA